GAGCUCUCGCGAGAUUUCGAAACACAUGGCCGCUCACAAUGUUUACAACUUCUCCUAAUGAGCUUGCGAACGGAAAGUCCUGAAGAAGAAGGAGGAGGACUUCUAUCAACUGUGUGCGUUUUCUCGUUUUCUCCGGUUUUGGGUGAAAACCGCAGAGGAUAAAAAAAAAGAAGAAAAAAAAGCGUUUACAGCCAAACAGAGCAGAACUAAAGGCCGGGCAAGCCACUACAAGGCUGGUUGGUGCUGUGAUGUCCUCGUACCCCAACAGACUGAAACAUCCCUACUGCAGGAAGAAGCACUACCCUAGUAGCACUUACCUCACCCACGUUUGACAGCCCACCGCUGCGCACAGGACCAACUUGGAAAACCGCGUGGAGGCUUUGACGGGGGGGGGGUCGGGGGGAGACAUUGACAAACGCAGAGGGGAUGUCUGAUUCGGCUGGAGGCGGCGAAGGCGGCGGCGGAGGAGGAGGAGGUGUAGGCGUGGGGCAGGACUCGGAAGCGGAUAACGAGCCCCCUCAACAGGCGACACCUUUGCGACCUGCGGGUGACGGCCUGGGAGCGGGGGGGACGUCGGAGGGAGGCGUCCCGCCGUCUGCAAAGCGGUGCAGGAUGAGCGAGGAGGACCAGGACCAGGGGCUGGAUCCUGUCGAGCUGCGUGAAGACGCGUCAGCGCCGGCUGGCUUGUUGCAGGAGAACUCAGACCCGCCAGCACAAAAGGAGCUACCACAGUGCGAGGAUGAGAGCGAAGGAGUUGAAGACGCGGCGGUAGUUGUGGACGGAGGCGAGAAGUGUCACCAGAACGGAGAUGGAGGGAGUCACGUCUGCUCAGAGGGAGACGCGAAACCGGAGGAGGAGCACGACGGCAACGGGUCUGCGGACAGCCCCAGCGACGGACAACAGCUCGGCUUAGAUUUUACCCAGAGCCCCCAGAUGCUGACUGGUUCCUGGACUGAAUACUCCAACUUCCCAGAGAAUUACCUGAAAGGCUGUAAAUGGGCUCCUGAUGGUUCUUGCAUCCUGACCAACAGCGCAGACAAUGUGCUUCGUGUGUACAACCUCCCUCCAGAGAUUUACAGCUACAACUGGGACGUGCUUCCUGAGAUGAAUCCAGUGCUGAGGAUGGCCGAGGGAGACACCAUCUACGACUACUGCUGGUAUCCCAAGAUGAACUCAAUGGAACCGGACACGUGCUUUCUAGCCAGCAGCAGCCGCGACAACCCGGUCCACGUGUGGGACGCGUUUUACGGGGAGGUGCGAGCCAGCUUCCGACCCUACAACCACCUGGACGAGCUGACGGCAGCUCACUCCCUCUGCUUCUCGCCGGACGGUUCGCAGCUCUACUGCGGCUUCGAUAAAACCGUCAGGGUCUUCUACACCGAGCGUCCCGGGAGAGACUGCGAGGAGAGGCCCACAGUAGUGAAAAAGCAAGGCCAGAGUGGCAUCAUCUCCUGCUUUGGCUUCAGCCCUUGCCAGUCUGUUUACGCCUGUGGCUCUUACUCCCGCUGCGCCGGCCUCUACUCCUGCCAGGACGGCUCCCUGCUGGCCCUGCUGCCCACCCGCCACCACGGAGGCCUCACCCAUCUGCUCUUCUCCCCCGACGGCAACUACCUGUACACCGGCGGACGCAAGGAUCCAGAAAUCCUGUGCUGGGACCUCAGAGAGCCGGGGAAGGUUGUGUUUUCUCUGAAGAGGAACGUGGCAACGAACCAGCGCAUCUACUUUGAUCUGGACCAGUCGGGCAGGUUCCUGCUGAGUGGGGACACGGAGGGGGUGGUCUCAGUGUGGGACACCCAGACAGCUCCACCCGAUGGCAACGAGGAAUUACUACAACCUCAGCUCAGGUUUCAGGCCGACUGGGACUGUACCAACGGCAUCAGCGUUCAUCCCUUCAUGCCUCUGCUGGCGACCUCCAGUGGCCAGAGGCAGUUCCCGUGGCCCGGAGACAGCGAGGGCGACUCGGCCUCCGACACCGAGGGAGGCGGGGGCGUGAUGUCACGGCAGGAGAGGCGGCAGGACAACGCCCUGAGCAUUUGGUGGGCGGGGCCUCUCUGCCCCGCCGCUGAGGGCGGCCGAGACCAGGAAACAGCAGCAGCUGCAGCGACGGUGGAGGUGGAGGAGGAGGAGGAGGAGGAGGCCUGACACGUUGUUGUUGUUGCUGCUGCUUCAACCAGCUAACACAAAUCGAGUUACACCUGCCAUGUGAUAUUUAUUUUGGGAAUGGUUGGCGUGCGUACAGCUAAUUAUGGGUCAGUCAUAAGGAGUCCUGGCACAGAAAAGCAUUACUGGAUUUAUUUCUUAUUUUUUUUUUUUGUCCCCUUUAAACAGUCCACAUAUCAAGUCCUAACAUAUCACCUGCAGGUUUCUAAUCUUUACAGACAGUUCAGGUCAGUACGAAAUAGUUUAAUACUUUUAAUCCAGUCAGUUUAGUAACUAGGAAUUAGAACCAUGUACCGAUGUUGAAACGACUUCAAAAAGUAAGGAGGUUUUCUUUAAACCUUGCUCAGGUUGAAGUAAGACGGUCAAAAUCGAGCGUAACGAAUCUCCUAUGACUUUUUUUCUUUAUUGUUUUAAUUGGGAUGAUUUACUUCCUAAAGGGGAUAAUUUCGACCACAGCGAAAGCCUCGACUGUGCUGUAGAAGUGGCUUAGUGUCUCUCCACGUCUGAUGUGUAUCUUAUAGGAGUGUUUGUUGUUUACUUGUGUGCGUGUGCGUGUGUGUUGCUGUAACGCUGCCCUGGAGUUUCCUCACCAGUGCCAUUUGUCCCCAAGCUUUGCCUCCGUUGACCGAGCGGAUCUCCAGUUUUUACCUUCUUUUUUUAAAAAAAAAACGUGCAAACGCAUGCGAACGACAAAUGUCUAUUUUUGUAAAGCCUGUAAAGUGAUUGACUCGUCUUUUGAAUGUAAGCUCAACAAGCAGCUCGCCCCGAUUACUGUAACUUCAUAACGAUCUGUGAACGUGUCAAAUUACAUACGGCAGCACAAAAUGCAUUGAUUUAUUUUGCUUAUCGAUGGAGGGGGUGUUGCGGGGGGGCUUUGUCGUUUAUUUGCUGUUUUUUUUUUUGUUUUUUUCAGAAGCUCCGCACGCUCCAACCAAAGCUUCGGAUCUCUAGACACUGGUGAAUCAAUCCAUUUGAAAAAAGCCUCUGUUGUUUUACUCAUUGGUUGCCAAACAAAUUCUGCAGCUAUUGUUACAACGAUGCUACGUUUAAAAAUUGCCGUGGAGAAUUAGGAACCACGUCGGCCUUGGAAGAUGUCAAACCCCGUGUUCGGACGGAUGGCUCCGUCUGCAACAGGUGGCUUUCAUUCGGGAGCUGGAGUGAAUUAAAAGCAUAUCUCUUAACGCA